AUGAAAUACGUUCAGCGGGAUGUAUUUCGCCCGCUUCUCACAAUAUGCCUCGCAGCCCUGUAUCUUUUUCUUCCCAGUGAAGCGUAUCAAGACGUCUCAGAUGCGACUUUGGAGUCACUGCCGCGGCCCGGGAAGGAUUUCGAUAUCCACGACGGGCCUAUUCUGUCGCCCAUUCUUAUUCCCCGUGUCCCUGGCUCUGCUGGAUCCACCAAGGUGCUAAACCACUUCGCGGACUUCUUCCGGACCUCGCUCCCAAAGUGGAAUGUCGAGUACCAGAACUCAACGUAUGUGACGCCUGUCUCGGACGGGAAGGAAGUCCCUUUUGUGAAUUUCAUCGCUUAUCGCGAUCCUCCCUGGGCAUCAAAAGGCGAUGUGGGAAGACUUACGCUCGUCGCGCAUUACGACAGCAAGUACGAACCGGAAGGGUUUAUCGGAGCAAUCGAUAGUGCAGCACCAUGUGCGAUGAUUAUGCAUGCGAUGCGAAGUAUCGACGAGGCGAUGACAAAAAAAUGGGAAGCCAUGGAGGCCGAGGGCCACGCCGAUUCUUUAGAUGAUCACACUGGAAUCCAGGUCAUUUUCUUGGAUGGCGAAGAGGCUUUCAAAGACUGGACUGAAACUGAUUCUUUAUACGGAGCUCGUUCACUUGCCCAGCAUUGGGAUUCCACGGUAAACCCAGCAAUGUCGACCUUCAAGUCGCCACUUUCAUCCAUAUCGCUAUUCGUUCUUCUAGAUUUGUUAGGAUCAAAAGGUCCAGCCAUCCACUCAUUUUGCCCGACGACGCACUGGGCAUACCAGAAUCUAGCAAGUGUCGAACGUCGGUUGAGGGAUCUCGGUAUGUUCAAGUCCGGGGGUAAAAGUUGGUUUCCAGAUGCUUCCAAGAGUUCGCGUGAGAUAUCUCCCUUCGACCCCGUGAGUGAUGAUCAUCUUCCAUUCCUUGAACGCGGAGUCGACAUCCUGCACGUCGUCGCCUUCUCAGCUAGUACAGGUGGAUUCCCGCAAGUCUGGCAUAAAAUAGAUGACGACGGGGCACACUUGGAUAUGGAUACAGUAGAAGACUGGAGUCUUCUUGUUGCCGGAUUUGCUGCCGAAUGGAUGGAAUUAGAGGGCUUCGUGCCUACAUCAAAAACGAAGCAAAAACGCAACUCCGACAAGACUGAACUCUUAUGA